AUGUCGCCUAUCAGGCCGCGACGAUGCCCACAUCUCGCGAUUAACAACAGACACCCCCCUCCACCUCGGUCCUUUGCGCCCCUCCCAACGCGUGGAGAGGAACUGGGCAACAAGCUCGGUACCCCGCAAUCUUCGCGCGCGCGCCGUACUGCCGGGUUUCGGACUCAUCCCGUCGCAACAUCCUCCAGUUUCAGAUUGACGUUACCAAGGCCCCAAGACAUCAGAACAUCGCGCAACGCCAAGUCUGAUCCACGUAUUGCCAAGAUCCAUGAUAUCUCGCCGCAGAGCGUCGGUGUAGGAUUUCUUACUACCUACCCAGACGUCCCUCGUGCACAACGCAAGUCAUCAACAGAAUUCUUGUAG